AUGCCCAGACAGGAGCAGUCCCCUCCCGUGAGCCCCGUAAGCUGCUUGGUCCAGAGAUUCACGGAAGAGGUGGCCAUGGAGGCAGCCGAGGCGUGGGGGCCAGAGGGAGCCACCAGGGGACUGGACCAGCAACAGGACCAGGAACAGGAACAGGAACUGCUGCUGCCUAAAGACUGCUGGGUCUCGCCCGGCAGAGCUGUGAGAGUCUUCCAGAAACCGGAGGGAGAAGAAGACAGCGGUAGCGGAGAACCUCCAGGGAACGAAGAGACCUUGUCCGACAGGGUCAAGCCAGAAGAGCAGUUCCUGAUCCAGUCAGUGGUCCGGGAAGCUCAGUCCUGCAUCAGCCAACGCUUCCUCUCUUCAUUAGGUGGAAGUAGUACAGAGUGGAGCUCGACCAUGGAGGAUUCCGAAUUUUCCCAUCUAAUACAGAGAGCUCUACGAGCAAUAGAUUGUGGAGUUCUCCCAGAAAGAAUCUCUCAGGGUUCGAGUGGGAGUUAUUUUGUCAAGAGUCUCGAGGGGGAAAUUAUUGGUGUGUUUAAGCCAAAAUCUGAAGAGCCUUAUAGUCAACUAAAUCCAAAAUGGCCCAAACAUUUUCAAAAGGUCUGCUGCCCUUGCUGUUUUGGCAGAGGUUGCCUCGUUCCUAAUCAAGGCUACCUCUCUGAGGCUGGUGCCUAUCUUGUAGAUAAAAAGCUGCGUUUGGGAAUUGUACCUAAAACGAAGGUGGUCUACCUCGUGAGUGCAACAUUUAACUACAGUGCAUUAGACCGUGCAAAAUUCCGAGGCAAAAAAUAUACUCUACAAAAAAUCCCAAUAGUGGGCAAAAAAUUCCAUCGAAUCAGACUGCCUCCCAAGGUGGGCUCCUUUCAGAUGUUUGUUGAAGGUUAUAAGGAAGCUGAUUAUUGGCUCAGGAAAUUUGAAGCUGAUCCUUUACCUGAGAAUAUUAGAAAACAGCUUCAGUCACAGUUUGAGAGAUUAGUUGCCUUGGAUUACAUCAUCAGAAAUACUGACAGGGGAAAUGAUAACUGGUUAGUCCGGUAUGUAGACCAGAGUGCUGGGAGUAAAAUUUCCUAUCAGGAAACAGAUUCUAGUGUUUCUAGUGAAGAACCUCUUAUUAAAAUUGCUGCAAUUGAUAAUGGUCUAGCAUUUCCUUUUAAACAUCCUGAUGAAUGGAGAGCAUAUCCUUUUCAUUGGGCCUGGCUCCCUCAAGCAAAAGUUCCUUUUUCUGAAGAAACUAAAUCAUUAAUUCUCCCACGUGUCUCUGAUAUGAACUUCGUACAAGAUUUAUGUGAAGAUCUUUAUGAACUUUUUAAGAUUGAUAAAGGAUUCGACAAGACCGUUUUUGAAAAUCAGAUGUCUGUAAUGAGAGGCCAGAUUUUAAACCUUACUCAAGCAUUAAGAGAUGGAAAGAGUCCUCUUCAGCUAGUACAAAUGCUGUGUAUGGUUGUCGAAAGAAGGAAGUCUGGGAAUCAAAACCGGUUUGUCCAUCUGAACAAUUCAUUCACACAGACUGUGCAUUUCAGGAAGCCUUUCUUUUCUUCCUGGUAG